GUUUAAUACAAAAUAUGAGUUCCUUAUUAUUGCCAACUAUUUACCUUGGUGGCUGUAUUGCUGCUAUGAGUGCCUUCUCUUAUGUGUACCGUAGAGCUACAAUGAUCCAGUCUUAUGAAGCUUGGUUUCCUAUCAACACUCAGAAAGAAGAAUAUAUUACACUCUUGAACUGUGAUCCAGCUGUACCUGAACAUCAUUUGCGUGCUGCACUCUUGCGCCGUGCUAUGGAAGCUGUGCGUCGUCUUGUCCAAGUUCAACAAGAAAAGCCCGCCCUUCAACAAUUAAUGAAGACAGGUAGUAUUGGCGAUGAUCUGUGGCGUGAAUUCAAUGUUGCAGAACAAGAAAUCACUGCUGAAUUACAGGAAAUUGCUGUGGAAGCCAAUACAUUUAAAGAGAAUUGGGGUCAAACUAUCUUCAGUACAGCUGCACAAAUGCUAGAACAUGAAAAACAAAAGCAAAUGCAACAAGAUAUGAAGACAAUGCUGGAACAAGAGACUUUGCGCAAAAAGAAACAAGAUGAAAGAGAGGCAAAGGAAGCAAAGGAAUAUGAAUUUAAAGAGCAAGAAAGACGCGAAAAAGAGGCAAAGAAGGCAGAAGAGGAAUUGUUAAAGAUGGAAGAACAAGAAAAGAAGGCAUCUAAUAAGAAAAAAUAACUAUAAUGACAAAAUAAAUGGACGUGUGUAUUCAGCAAUCCCCCCUAAAGUAUUGUCUCCUAAUGUGUACGACAAUAUUUUUUUUUCUGUCUUUAAGGAGAGAGAGAAAAAAAACCUGCUUUUAAUGCUGGUAUUUUAAAUAUAAACAGUGCAACGUUAUCUUUAUUUACUUUCUUCC